ACUGACCAAUCACUGGAAAGGCAAUAUUUACAUUUUAAUUUUGCUCCAUAAUAUUGGCCCUUGAGGAAAGCUAAACAAAGCAGCAAGUAAAAUUGAAAUGUAUUGUGGUGAUUUUUUGUUUCUUUUAUCAUUCUAUUGGUAGUUUUUUAUAAAUUUGAACUUUUCUAACAUCGUAAGGAAAAGCGAAUAAGAAAGGUUUUCGAUGUCGCCUUAGUUUUCAGUUUAAACCAUCUCGAACUUUGAAACAAAAUGGGUAACCAACUCGUUGGUAUCGCCCCAUCCCAGAUUUAUCCAGUGGAACACUAUCUGAGCGAUCAUGUCGAUUUAUCUUUUGAUCAAAGCCUUGGCUCAACAAGAUUCUUUAAGGUGGCUAGAGCUAGGACUCGAGAAGGUUUGGUGGUUGUCAAAGUGUUUGCAAUACAUGAUCCCUCACUACCACUUGCUGAACAUAAGGAAAGAAUACUUAAAAUUAAGGAACAACUUGCUUCGGCAUUCAAUUGUUUGCCAUUUCAGCGAGUUAUUUUAACAGACAAAGCAGGUUUUCUUAUAAGGGAAUACUGCAAGUGCAGUGUUUAUGACCGAAUGUCCACUCGGCCCUUUCUAACCAUGCUUGAAAAAAAAUGGAUUACUUUUCAAGUGCUUCAUGCAUUACAUAGAAUGCACAAAUUAGGGAUAUGCCAUGGGGAUAUUAAGCUGGAAAACAUAAUGGUGACAUCAUGGUUAUGGGUCCUCUUGACGGAUAUAGCAUCUUUUAAACCCACUUUCCUCCCAGAUGACAACCCGGCUGACUUUAGCUAUUUCUUUGACACAUCUAGACGAAGGCUGUGCUAUCUUGCACCUGAAAGAUUUGUAAGAGCACCUGACCCUCAUAAUAGACCUGCAGGUGAUGACAAAAUGGCUGGGCUAUUGUUGAGCGAAUCCCCUUGCAAGAUUGGUGAACUUGUACCUAGCAUGGAUAUAUUUUCAACAGGCUGUGCUCUAUUAGAACUGUGGAACGAUGGUACGCCAGCCUUAGAUCUUCCUGGUCUACUCGCGUAUAGGAAUGGAGAAGACCGACCUUCCACCAUGGAAGUGAGUAACUCAUAUCCCAAAGAACUGAAAGAGCUGCUUCUGUCCAUGACUGAAAGGAAUCCAGGGGAUCGGAAGAGUGCUGAGAUUUACUUAGAUGAAGCAAAGGGAAGCUUGUUCCCCGAGUACUUCUACUCAUUUCUCCAACCAUACAUGUUAAUAUUCUCCGCUCAACCAAUUCUACCAGCCGAUGAGAAGAUCUCGAGAAUCCAUCAGGACAUUAAAAACAUCAUCAAAAUAUUCACGCAACCCUCUAAUGCUAAAAAUUACCAGGACCUGGUGGAUGAGACGACGGAUAACCAGAAGGUGGAGAUCGAUGCCCUGGUUAAGGAAGGGUUUAGGGUUAUGACCGUGAAUGUCGCAGACUUUGAGGAAGAGUCAGAAAAGGCACCGGACAAGACGGAACACGGUCCGGACAGCGAAGGACUAAUUCUGAUGACGUCAUUGGUGACGUCAUGUAUCCGCGGCUUACACCACUGCACGUCAAAGUUACAAUGCCUCGAGAUAUUACAGCUUUUGUGCAAAAACUCAUCAUCUGAAGUUAUUUUGGACCGAAUAUUGCCUUAUAUUAUAUACCUCUCCCAUGCCCCUGAAGCACGCGUACGCGCGGCCGCAGUCUGGUGUGUAACACGAUGCGUGUCAUGUGUGGAAUCCCUCCCACCACAAGACUGCAAUGUGUUCCCCGAGUAUAUCUUACCAGAACUCGCUCCAAGGGCCUCGGACCCCGCCUUGCCCGUGAGAAUUGCGUACGCUAAUAAUAUUGCUAAACUUGCAGAAACUGCUGUGCGGUUUUUGGAUCAAACACAAAAUAUGAUUGAUAAAGAAGCAGCUAAUAUUAACUAUGAGACUGAGUUAUCGGCUUUACAUGAAAUGGUUCGUUCAACUGUUUCUUAUUUACUUACGGAUUCUCAAGCAGUUGUCAAACGUGCGUUGGUCGAAAAUGGUAUUACAAAGUUAUGUGUUUUCUUUGGAAAGCAGAAAGCAAACGACGUAAUCCUCUCACACAUGGUAACAUUCUUAAACGACAAGGAAGAGGCGGCUCUUCGCGGGUGCUUCUUUGAAAGAGUCGUAGGAGUUGCUGCGUACGUUGGGCAUCACGCUUCGCCAAUUUUAUUACCAUUGUUACAACAGGGACUAACAGACCCGUCUGAGUGGAUUAUAGCCAAAGCCAUACGAGCAAGCAGUAGUCUUGCUGAACUAGGGUUACUACCGAAACAGGCUCUUUGUUCGUUACUAGCCGAGAGCGCGGUGUAUUUGGCACAUCCUAACUUAUGGAUUCGUCACGAAGUAUGCGGCUUGGUGUCGUGUGUGGCAAAUCUCCUCAAUCCAAUCGAUGUCAACUGCAAGAUACUGCCAUUGGUGUGGCCACAUCUCAAACAUAAAUUAAUACAGGUAGAAAGAGCCGAGUUACUGCUAGAAAGCUUGGCUGAACCUAUACCAAGAAAGGUUUUAGAUGCAGUACUAAGACAUGGAGAUGUUGACAGACUCGUCCAAACACUUAGGGAGAGGAAAAACGCUCGGUUACGGGUGAAACAAGGAAUGAUACCACAAUAUUCGGAAAUGGGACAGCAGUUGAAGAACCUGUUUAGAAGAUUGAGUUCUGAUGGUAUGACGGAACACGUGGAGAACCAGCUUCUAGCGAUGAGUGCGCAUUUAAUUAAAAUACAAAGUUCAGCGACUCAACACAUAACUGAAGCACCAGGUCGCUUAAUGCUAUCUGCGGGUGGAUUGUCCCGGUCAGUGCAAUUGGAUACGACAUCGGACACGACGCCUCACAACGUACACGACAAAAUCUACGCUAGUACACAAAAUAGACGUACACAAAAGACGUCCUUGUCCCACGAAACUCAUAUGAACACUGAAUGGCAGCAUAUGUUCGGAACGCAAGAACCAGGAACUGUCAAACCAACAGAUACUUUGACCCAAUCAGCUGCGACAGGAUCUCAAAUGGGCGGGGCCAGUAUGGGCGUGGCGAGCGUGACUGCGUCCGCACCCGUACAUUCGCAACUGGGCCACAGUGCUAGCUAUGUACAAUAUAGUAUGGCGCCAUGUCGUGUGGAAUUAAGAAAUUUAAUCACACGAACGCAACAAAAGUUUCAAAAGACUUUAAGAAGCCAAGACGAUAAUGUAGAGAGCAGCGAGGAACUGGUGGCACCAGUAACAUGGCGACCCGGAAACCAGCUGUUGGCAUAUUUACACGAACAUAAAGCCAGAGUGAACCAAAUGGUUCGUUUGCCCGCUUAUCCGGCUCUGUUCGGAUCGUGUUCCGACGACGGAACAGUGAAAGUGUGGGACGCGGCUCGUCUGCAGGGACACGCCUAUGUUAAUAAGUCAAAAGCAACAUUCAAUCGUAGUGCUGGGCCAGUGAUGUCUCUAGCGGCGUGUGAAGGCGGACAUUCUUUAGUGGCUGCCACACAGGAGGGCUCAGUUUUUGUGCUUAGGUUGGAUACAGGUUCAUCGCGCCUAACACUCUCUCAAUGCCGUCAGUUGGAUAGUAGCGCUGGUGGGGCAGUGGCGUGCGCGAGCGCAGGUGGUUUACACUCGGGCGUCAUCUCUUACGCUACGCUCAAUGCACAUAUCGUAGGCUGGGAUCUCCGAUCGCCUGAGAAUGCUUGGAAGCUCCAAGGUGAUUUAAAGCAAGGCGUGUACACGUGCCUAUACGCGAAUAAUGCGGGAUAUCUCGCAGUGGGCACGUCGAGUGGCGCCAUCUGCGUGUGGGAUUUGCGUUUCCAACUACCCAUUACAUCUGUUAGGCAUCCUAACUCGGAACGCAUAAGACGUAUAGUAGGGUACGGAUCACAUACGUCUCGCAUCUGGGCGGUGGGGGGAAGGGACGCAGCCGCUUGGUGCGUGGAGAGCGCGCAUCGUACCCACGCCUUGUGGCCCUCUACGGCUCCUCAUCCGCCACUUAACUACACUGCGCCGGCUAGCCAAUACAUAAGCGCGGUAUAUAGCGGAUGUCGCGCGGGUGGAGACAGGUUCUUAGUAACGGGCGGAUCUGACUUGCGACUUCGGAUGUGGGACUUGAGACAUCCAGAUGAUUCCCAUGUACUUGUGCAAGCACCGCAUGACACGACACAAUCGAUUGCGUACAGAAGCAGAAUAAUCGACGGUACAACAGUAAUUCAAGAGUGUUGUAAGUCAAAUCCGUCCCCACCAUCGUUAAUAGAGGAUAAUGUGUACAGAACUGUGGAAUCUAGGACCUUUUAUCACACCGCUCCGAUCACAGAUAUAACCCUAGUCGAAGCAAACAAGUGUUAUUUAGUCAGCUCCUCUGCUGACGGUGUGAUAAACGUCUGGAAAUAGUAUAUGUAUAUUUUGUAUAAUAAAGUUGUUAUCUGUU